GAAGGUAUGAAGGGAUGUAGAUACUGUAAACAAUGUCAGAUGGAGUCGUUAUCAUCCUUACACGACUCUUGACCCUUAGCGCACUGAGCAAAACCAACGGGUAAAUAAACAGGAGAUAAAGUAGAUAUUUUCUAACGAGGCUGAACACGCAGGUGAGACCGCGCUUCGAUGAGACUAAAACUCCAGAGAAGUGCUCGGCAGGAGGAGGUAACGGAGUUAAUCAGCAAAACAAGAAAUACCGAGGGCAGCGCGGGUCCGUGGUGAUUACGACGAUCAAACAUAAUUGAAACAAGAGGCUGAGGUCCAGCGAGGUAAACAGGAGCAUCACAAGGCCGAGUUGUCACAGAAGACAAGAUGGACACAGUCUCGUGAACAGCUGGCGGCAAAGGAAACUAAGAGGAACAAUGAAAUUCCCUGCGUAUCUGAGUCUGCCGGGCCGUCUAUGGAGGGUGUCUGGGUGGCGGUUGUGGUUGGCAGCGCUCUGGCUCUUGACGAUCAACUUGUGCUCUUUGUACCUCCUUUCCACCUGGGUGGCAGGCCAGGGUGUCCUCCUAACGGGUGGAUGGAUGGAUGGUCGAGGGGCUUGUCGGCGGCUGCGUCUCGUAGACCCUCCCCACCCCGUCACGGCUCUGGCCAGCGUCCCGGGUUCGGGUAGCACCUGGCUGCGUCACCUGCUGCAUCAAACUACAGGUCUGGCCACCGGAAGUCUGUACAGCGACUCGUCUCUGACAGCCGCGGGUUUCCUGGGAGAAGGAAUCCACAACAGCUCCGUGCUUGUCGUCAAGACUCACGCCAGUCCCAGCGCCAUGUCUCAGGACUUCCGGCAGGCCCUUCUGCUCAUGCGCAAUCCCUAUGACGUCAUUCUGGCCGAGUUCAACCGUCGGCAAGCGGGUCACCUCGGCCACGCUCGUGAGGACGACUUUGCCACCUACUGGGACAGUUUUGUGCCGGAAGCAGCGGAGUUCUGGCGAAUUGUGAACACGGACUGGCUGGACUUCCCAGGCCGUCUGCUCGUGGUGCACUACGAACAGUUGGUUCACAGCCUCAACUCCACCCUCAGCGACAUCCUCCACUUCCUGAACAUCACCCACACCGCCAGCGACCUGCAGUGUGCUGCCACUCACUCGAGAGGCGACUUCAAGAGACAAGAGCCACGUGAAGGUCGAGAGAACAUUCUGGCCAAACGGUUCUCUUCAAAACAUCGCGAGUUCAUCCACCGGUGUGGUAUGGCAGUGGCAACCAAGCUGUCUGACACCGGCCAUGGUCACCUCCCGUACUCACUGGUAACACCACUGUACCGCAUGGAGAAUACACGUGCCACAGGCAACUACCCGGGCCGUACUUAGAUGGAAGAGAGAGGCAGACGAUGUAAGAGAGAAUAGAGAUAAUGUGUGAGAGAUAGAGAGGAGAGAAUGUGUGUGUGUGCAGGUGUACGUGUGUUUGUGUGUGUGUGAGAGAGAGACUGUACAAAGACGUGUGCAUUGACGCGUGUCGUUAUCAAACGCUUACUUUCACUCUACUCAUCAAUCUGAAUCGCCCAGCUGCUUCGCGAAGUUUUAUUCUAGUUCUAUGACUUUUCAAACUAUUAGUCAUUAUCAUUUAUCAAUAUGAUUAUUUAUGAUCCUUUGCCAGCGGCUGGUUGCAGCGGCCAUCAGAAGGCGGGUGUAGUCAUGCGUAGCGCCAGGUAAAGGUUGUGUCGCGGCUCUGAGAUUCACUGCCUGCGCCUCGCCACGUGCCAGAUGUUGGUGUGGCUAGUGUGCUGCCAGUGGAAUAAACAUUUUUGUGUGCUUCAAGGGACAUAAACAUUUUAGUGUGCUGCCAGCAACAUAAACAUUUUAGUGUGCUUCCAGUGGAAUAAACAUUUUUGUGUGCUUCAAGGGACAUAAACAUUUUUGUGUGCUGCCAGCAACAUAAACAUUUUAGUGUGCUUCCAGCGAAAUAAAUAGUUUGAUGUGCUUCCAGUGAAAUAAAGUUCCAUUCCCUCCACA